UAAAAUCCAAGGAAACUCGUCGGGGGCCUGCUGAGGCAAGGCAGGGCCCACAUAGCGAACUUGCAAUGUAUCGUCCUGCCUCCCGUCACAUAAAAUAGUUUUCACCCGCUUUGUUUGUUGAUCCUGGACCGAAAUGUGGCCACCGAAUUCCACUCUCUUUUCAUCCUCCGCUGCAUAAACAACCCACACAUAGUGCCGAUACACCCAAACAUAAACACUUAUCACAAUAAUAAUUCAAAAAUGAAGUCUUCUCUUGAGCAGAUUAAAAAACUCGCACUUGAACAAAGAGAAACCAGGGAGAAACUAUAUCUACAGUCUUUUGCUCCAUUAGAUGAUCAUCUAGCUCAGGCUACUAAGGAUAUGCAAGAGAUGAGAAGCUGCUAUGACGACUUACUAUCUGCAGCGGCGGCAACAGCUAACAGUGCAUAUGAAUUCUCAGAGUCAUUGCGAGAAAUGGGGACUUGUUUAUUGGAGAGAACUGGAUCUAGUGCAUAUGGAGAAAGUGAAGGUGUUUUGCAGAUGCUGGGAAAAGCACAGUUAGAACUCCAGGAAAUUGUUGAUGCUUACCGCUCUCAUGUAGUCCGUACAAUUACAAUCCCAUCAGAAUCUCUGCUCAGCGAGCUUCGGAAAGUCGAGGAGAUGAAGUCACAGUGUGAUGAUAAAAGAGAGGUAUAUGAACACAUGCUAGCACGAUACAGAGAGAAAGGAAAAUUUGGAAUUGGAAAUGGUGAACAACCUAUCACUUCACAGCAAGUAAAAGAAGCUCGAAUUGAAUAUGACGAAGCUGCGAGACUUUGUAUAUUUCGGGCUAAAUCUCUAAAGCAAGGACAAUGCCAUAGUCUCUUAACACAGGCAGCUCGUCAUCACACUGCACAGUUGCAUUUAUUUCGAAACGGAUUUAAAUCUUUAGUGGAAAUCGAUCCACGAGUAAGACUAGUCUCCGAAAAGCAACGCAUUGAUUGCCAAGUUGGACUAGAUGAAGGAGAAGAUUAUGGGAGUGAGAUGAGAAACAGCUAUGAGAAUAAUAAACAUGUAGAGUUGGAUGAGGCUGACUUACCAAAUCCUCAUUUUUUGAACGUGGAAGAGGCUGCGCAGCGAACUUUUAGAAAGAACCACGAGGCACAGACUAUCAGCCAGCGACCUAGACCAAGUAGCCAUUCUGCCCCAAUAUACACGGAGAAGCUGAAUCCAGCUGAUAAAGGAACGGAAAUCCAUCCAUCUGUACAGAAGCUUCAGACCUAUGUGUUGCCUACUCCUGCUCGAGCAAAGAUUUUAUCUGCAAUCACGACUAGAUCUGGUCUGCAGUCAAGUUCUACAAGCCUCAGCACAAGCUCCACUAAUCUGCGGCAUUCGUUUCCACUUCACACUGAGAGAAACAGUAACAGCUCCCCCAUCCCUCCUCCCCCUCCUGACAGAUGUUCAUUUACACAGUUUGAAAGACAUAACUCAUUUGACCUCAAUCGGAACAAAAGACAGGCCUAUUCUGAUCCUAUACCAAGUAAACCUAUUGUGUCUACUAGUGGUCCCCUCACUAGUAAAGAACUUCCAAGUGGUUUGCUUUCUCGAAUCCCAGUUUCUCAGCUGUCUACAUCUGCGAAUGUAUCAUAUAGUGCUUCACCAGCCCCUGUAUCUUCACCCAGAAUAACUGAGCUUCAUGAACUCCCCAGACCUCCUGACAGUAUAGCACUGAAGACUCUGAAUUCUUCUUCAAUUGCUCAUUCUGCCCCCUUGGCAGUAAGAAAUCAUGAGCAUCCUCCUUCUAAUAAAAGCCCAAAGCUGGCAUCUAAUAUUGCAUCGCGGCUUCUGGCUUCUCCAUUAAUUGUUCCUCGGAGUUUCUCCAUGCCUGCUCGCAGUUCGAAAGCAAAACCAUUCGACAUGGGGGCUUCUCAAAUUCUGGAUCAGGUUGAAGACUUUACUUCUCCUCCACUGUCGCCAAUAUCCAUUUCAGACAUGAAGCCAUUAUCAUCUAUCUCGAAGCAGUCUCCAGUUCUGGGAAAAUGAAAGGUGGAAGCUGAAUAAUCUGUCUUUUUGUUUAGAAUAAUCUUCUUCGGCCGUCAGCUUCUGUGCUGGAGAGUAUAUAUAUACAUACCUUUUUUUUUUAGUGCUCAUUGGAGUUUGCUUCUCUGUUUGGUAUGAUAAGGUGUAGAAAAAUGUUGCACAGUAUAGUUUCAAGAAGAAACUCACCAAUUGCGUGUGAGUUUACUGUUGAAUAUAUAGCUUCAUAAAAAGAUAGUGGGCUUUUGGAGGGUGUCGGCCCCGUUAUCACAA